AGAAAGCGAGAAGACAGCAGAAGAAGAAAGAUGGCGGCACGGAGGAUGUAAACAAAGACGAAGAUUCACUUCAAAUAUCAGGAUCCUGGUUCACCUCCAACCAGCUGAGCCUGGUCCACAUCACCUGGGCCAGUCUGGUUCUGGUCUUGUUCUGGUCCUGAUCCUGGUCUGGUCUAGUCCUGGUCCUGGUCUGGUCUGGUCCUGGUCUGGUGGUGAUGGCGGGUCGAGGCGGGCGGGGCCGGAGGAUGAUGAGUUUCAGUGUGGAGGCGGUCGGCAUCAACAGAGGAGAGAGUUUACCUCCAUCAAUACACCAACCCACCCCUCUGUUCCCUGUGAUGGAGCAGAAGCCCCUCCCCCUGACAGGUGGCGAGGAGGAGGAGUAUCUGUUGGCUCUCAAGCAGGAGUUCAGAGGAGCCAUGAAGAGUCUGCCCUGCUUCAUCCAACCAGCUGCUGCUCACAGAGAUGUGGAGAGAUACUCAGAUAAAUAUCACAGCAGCGAGCAGACGGACGCUCUGACGGGCUGGACUCCAGAUGCGAAAAGAUUUCCUAAAGAACUCAGUGUCUCAGCGGUCAGACGCCCUGACAGACUGCACUCGGGGCAGAAGAAGAAAAAAGUAAAAGAGAAAGAGGAAGUACUGCUCAAACUGGAGACUCUGCAGAAGAAGGAGGAGCAGCAGAGCUCCGAGGAGGAGGAGGAGGAGGGGGAGGAGAAGAAGAAGAAACAGGAGGAAGAGGAGGCCGAGGGAGAGGAGGAGUACGACGAGGAGGAGUUUGAGGAGGAGACGGAUUACGUCAUGUCGUACUUUGAUAAUGGAGAGGAGUUCGGAGGAGACAGUGACGACAACAUGGACGAGGCUAUUUACUGAAACUCACCUUCAGCAUUUACACCAAACCGUCCAGUUUCAUUACCUGAGAGAGAGAGAGAAUGUUUUAGUGAGAGAGAGAAUGUUUUAGUGAGUGGAUGAGUGUUUUAGUGAGUGAAUGAGUGUUUUAGUGAGUGGAUGAGUGUUUUAGUGAGCGGGUGAGUGUUUUAGUGAGUGGAUGAGUGUUUUAGUGAGUGAAUGAGUGUUUUAGUGAGUGGAUGAGUGUUUUAGUGAGUGAAUGAGUGUUUUAGUGAGUGGAUGAGUGUUUUAGUGAGUGAAUGAGUGUUUUAGUGAGUGAAUGAGUGUUUUAGUGAGUGAAUGAGUGUUUUAGUGAGUGGAUGAGUGUUUUAGUGAGUGAAUGAGUGUUUUAGUGAGUGAAUGAGUGUUUUAGUGAGUGGAUGAGUGUUUUAGUGAGUGAAUGAGUGUUUUAGUGAGUGGAUGAGUGUUUUAGUGAGUGGAUGAGUGUUUUAGUGAGUGAAUGAGUGUUUUAGUGAGUGAAUGAGUGUUUUAGUGAGUGGAUGAGUGUUUUAGUGAGUGGAUGAGUGUUUUAGUGAGUGGAUGAGUGUUUUAGUGAGUGGAUGAGUGUUUUAGUGAGCGGAUGAGUGUUUUAGUGAGUGGGUGAGUGUUUUAGUGAGUGGGUGAGUGUUUUAGUGAGUGGAUGAGUGUUUUAGUGAGCGGAUGAGUGUUUUAGUGAGCGGAUGAGUGUUUUAGUGAGCGGAUGAGUGUUUUAGUGAGUGGAUGAGUGUUUUAUUGGAGACUUCUCAGCAUUUUUUUACCUCAAGAUUUAAAGAUUUCAAUAGAAAAAAAAGUUAAUUGACAAGUUUUUAAGAUUUUGUAUCAAAGUUUUAUCUGUUCGAUAUUUGUUGUGUAAAAAAUUGAAUUCUUUGUGUUUGUUGUAAAAUAAAGUGAAGAGUCAAAGACUCUUUAUGACGACGUCUGAUCUGA